CCCCGCCUUCCCCCGCUGCGGCCCGCCCCUUCUCCUCCUCCCUCCGCAGCGUCGGCGGCUGCUGUCCGAGUGCCGGCUGCGAGCCGGACCCGCGCUGCUCUCGACGUCCCCGGCCCGCGCGGGCUGAGCUGCGGGCGAGAGCGGGCCCCGCCCCGGGGCGCCGCCGCCGGACCCGGGCGUCCGCCCCGCGCCGUUGUCCCCGCGGCCUCUGGCCGGCCGGACCGUCCCGUCGCUGGAAAGCCGUGACCGGGGGGUCGCGGGCGGGCGGGCGCCCGCUGCCGAGACCGGGGAGCGCCGGGUGUCGGGUCGGGAAGCGGCCGCCCCGGCUCCUGCCUCCUAGGCGUCGCUGCUUCGCGGGCGGUCCCCAGAGCGUGGGGACAGGUGCCCCGGCCGGGGUCUGCCGGGAAGAUGGCGACCCCGGGCAUGAGCUGGCAGCAGCACUAUUACGGUGGGGCGGCCAAAUCCGCGCCCUCGCCGGCCGCCGCGCAGCUGGCCGGGCACAGCAUGGACUACAGCCAGGAGAUGCACAUGAAAAUGAGCAAGAAAAUCGCCCAGCUCACCAAGGUAAUAUAUGCUUUGAACACUAAAAACGAUGAACAUGAAUCUGCAAUUCAAGCCCUCAAAGAUGCUCAUGAAGAAGAAAUACAACAAAUUCUUGCAGAAACAAGAGAAAAAAUAUUGCAGUAUAAGACCAAAGUGACAGAGGAGUUAGACCUUAAGAGAAAGAUUCAAGUUUUAGAAGCAUCUUUAGAAGAUCACAUAAAAAUGAAGCAGCAGGCUUUGACAGAAUUUGAAGCUUACAAGCACCGAGUUGAGGACAUGCAACUUUGUGCAGAAGCCCAGCAUGUCCAACGCAUAGUGACCAUGUCCAGAGAGGUUGAAGAGAUUAGAAGGAAAUUCGAAGAAAGACUGCGGAGCUUUGGACAACUUCAAGUACAGUUUGAAAAAGACAAGCGACUGGCGUUAGAAGAUUUGCGAACUGCUCACAGGCGGGAGAUCCAGGAGCUGUUGAAGUCCCAGCAGGAUCAUAGCGCCUCCAUUGGUAAAGGGCAGGAGAAGGCGGAGGAGCUACACAGGAUGGAGGUGGAGGCCUUGAACAAAACCCUUGAAGAGCUUAAACUUGAGCAGAAAAAACUAAUUGAGGAUUAUGAAGGCAAGCUGAAUAAAGCUCAGUCCUUUUAUGAACACGAGCUUGAUACUUUGAAAAGGUCACAGCUUUUUACAGCAGAAAGUCUACAGGCCAGCAAAGAAAAGGAAGCUGAUCUUAGAAAAGAAUUUCAAGGGCAAGAAGCAAUUUUACGAAAAACCAUAGGAAGAUUAAAGAUAGAGUUACAGAUGGUACAGGAUGAAGCCGGAAGUAUUCUUGACAAGUGCCGAAAGCUUGAGGUGGCCCAGGCGACAGCAGAGAACAGUGUUCAGGUUCUUCAAAAACAGCUUGAUGAAGCCAAGGAGGGAGAAAUGGCCUUAUUAAGCAAGCACAAAGAACUGGAGAGUGAGCUGGCAGCGGCCAGAGAACGGUUACAGCAGCAAGCGUCAGAUCUCGUCCUCAAAGCGAGUCACAUUGGAAUGCUUCAAGCAACUCAGAUGACCCAGGAGGUUACAAUUAAAGAUUUAGAAUCAGAAAAAUCAAGAGCCAACGAAAGAUUAUCUCAACUUGAAGAAGAAAGAGCUCUUCUGCAAAGCAGAACUCAGAGCCUGGAUGAAGAGCAGAAGCAGCAGAUGCUGGAGCUGGAGAAGAAAGUAAAUGAAGCAAAGAGAACUCAGCAAGAAUAUUAUGAAAUGGAGCUAAAAACCCUGCAAAAUAGAUUGGAAGAGGAGGUGACUCAAUUAAACGAGGCCCAUUCUAAGACUUUGGAAGAAUUAGCUUGGAAGCACCAUAUGGCGAUGGAGGCUGUCCACAGUAAUGCGAUUAAGGAUAAGAAAAAACUGCAAAUGGAAUUGGAGGAACAACAUAAAAAUGAGAAACAAAACCUGGAAGAAGAUAAAAGUCAUAUUCAGCAAGAACUAGAAAACCUGAAGAAAGUCCUGGAAGAUAAGCUGAAUACAGCCAAUCAAGAGAUUGCUCGCCUCCAAGAUCUGGUAAGGACAAGUGAACAAGGUCUGGGCUGUGCAGAAGGACUUAUUGUUAGUCUUCGGGACUCCCAGGAAAGGCUUCAGAAUGAGCUUGACUUGACUAAAGGCAGGCUAAAGGAGACCAAGGAUGCUCUGCUAAACGUGGAGGGCGAGCUAGAACAAGAAAGGCAGCAGCAUGAAGAAACACUUGCCACCAUGAAACAAGAGGAGAAGCUCAGGGUGGACAGAAUGGCCCAGGACUUAGAAAUCAAGUGGACCGACAAUCUCAGACAAGAGUGUUCUAAACUUCGUGAAGAGUUAAGGCUACAACACGAAGAGGAUAAGAAGUCAGCUAUGUCUCAACUUUUGCAAUUAAAAGAGCGAGAGAAAAAUGCAGCUAGAGAUUCAUGGCAGAAGAAAGUUGAAGAUCUCUUAAACCAGCGGCACUCUCUCGGUGAAGCUUUGCAUAAAUCUAUCAACAAUAUUUCCUUGUUAAAACAGAAUCUGGAGAUUCAGCUUUCCCAGUCUCAGACUUCACUACAGCAACUGCAAGCCCAGUUUACACAGGAACGGCAGCGGCUUACACAAGAGCUUGAAGAAUUGGAAGAACAACAUCAACAAAGACACAAAUCCUUAAAAGAGGCACAUGUCCUUGCAUUUCAAACUAUGGAAGAAGAGAAGGAAAAGGAACAAAGAGCUCUUGAAAAUCAUUUACAGCAGAAACAUUCUGCUGAGCUCCAAUCAUUAAAAGAGGCACAUAGAGAGUCAAUGGAGGGCUUCCGGGUAGAAAUGGAACAGGAACUUCAGACUCUUCGGUUUGAAUUGGAAGAUGAAGGAAAGGCUAUGCUUGCUUCCCUACGCUCAGAACUAAACCAUCAACAUGCAGCUGCAAUUGACUUGUUACGGCACAGUCAUCAUCAAGAAUUGGCAGCUGCUAAAAUGGAGCUAGAGAGAAGCUUGGACAUCAGCAGACGACAGAGUAAGGAGCACAUGUGUAGGAUAACAGAUCUACAAGACGAGUUAAGACACAGAGAGCAUCACAUUUCUGACUUGGAUAAGGAGAUACAGCACCUUCAUGAGAAUAUAAGUGCCCUAACCAAAGAACUGGAAUUCAAGGGGAAAGAAAUUCUCAGAAUACGAAGUGAAUCUAACCAACAGAUAAGGUUGCAUGAACAAGAUUUAAACAAGAAACUUGAAAAAGAGUUGGAUGUCAUGACAGCAGACCACCUCAGAGAGAAAAAUAUCAUGCGGGCAGAUUUUAAUAAGACUAACGAGCUACUCAAGGAAAUAAAUGCAGCUUUACAAGUGUCACUAGAAGAAAUGGAAGAAAAGUAUCUAAUGAGAGAAUCAAAACCCGAAGAUAUACAGAUGAUAGCAGAAUUAAAAGCCUUGCUUACAGAAAGAGACCAGAUCAUAAAGAAACUAAUUGAGGAUAAUAAAUUUUAUCAGCUGGAAUUAGUCAAUCGAGAAACUAACUUCAACAAAGUGUUUAACUCAAGCCCUACUGUUGGUGUUAUUAAUCCAUUGACUAAGCAAAAGAAGAAGAACGAUAAAUCACCAACAAACAGGUUUGUGAGUGUUCCCAAUCUAAGUGCUCUGGAAUCUGGUGGAGUGGGCAAUGGACAUCCUAACCGCCUGGAUCCCAUUCCUAAUUCUCCAGUCCACGAUAUUGAGUUCAACAGCAGCAAACCACUUCCACAGCCACUGCCACUGCCACCCAAAGAGCCCAAGACAUUUUUGAGGUAUCAGUAAGAUGCAUGUGCAUGAGCUCAAGGAACAUGACUACUGGAGUUUCCAUUACACAUUGUUGCGUGCCUUGUAAUUUUCCCCAAAGACGGUAGGGAUUCUUUUAUUUUCUCAAGUAGCCCAAAGAAUCUUUAGUUAAAAUUAAGAUAAGUACAAACUAAAUAACUGUGAAAGGAUAGGAAAUUGGAUUUUUAAUGUACUCCUUUGCCUGGAGUAUUGAUCAUGGAAUUGUGAUUAUAGAAAUGAAAGUUUAAUAUAAAUAUGCACAUAGUUAAAAAUAUUAUACCUUGAUUAGUUACUUAAUUUGGUUAUAUUUAAGGACACUCUAUAAGAAUCAAAUGCUUGUGUCAGAUUCUGAAAUUUUAAUUAAAAGGGAGCAAAAGGUGCUGAAAGAGGAAUGUUAUCUUAUUCUCUUAUUUUCCACAAUUCCUACUAAGAUUUUUUAUUCAAAGAAGGUGACAUUAUUUUUCCAAAUUAUUUCUGUUUUUGUAAUUGUUGCGCUGUGGCUCUUGCUUAGCUGACUUCAUCUGAGCUGCUGAUGCACUCUCAUGCUUUCAUGGAGUGGAGAACUGAUUCUAGCCGAGAGGGGUAGCAAAUCUUAAAAACAUGGGGAGCCAAAUGUGGUACUCUACAAUGAUGUUUUUGUGUGUUUUUCCCUGAAUCUUGCAAAACCACUUAAUGCCGGGUUCCAUGUCUCUCUUUUUAUGAAUUCAGUCCUCCUCAGAGUGAAGCUUCCCCAGUGGCUUCUCCAGAUCCCCAGCGCCAGGAGUGGUUUGCCCGAUACUUCACAUUCUGAGAGAACUGUGUUGGCACAGCUCUGUGUGGACUGUUACUCAGAGCAUAACUUUCUACAAAGCACUAUGUGACAGGCGUUCCUAUGUCAAAUACUGUGAAUGAGAAAGUAUUUGUCUCUCCAAUUUGAAAAUGCGCUGUAUUUCCUGCGAUAAUUAUUGGAAUCGCUCUAUAAGGUACUAUAUUAUGUGUGUAAUUAUAACAGUUAUUUUUAUUUGAGAUGGAAGAGUCUUUAACCUUUGUAAUUACUGCAUAAUAAAUUUUGUUAGAA